AUGCCCGCCCCGCCCGCCUGUCAGCCCCCUCUCCCCCUCUCUCCUUCAAGCCAACUCACGCCUCUCCUUCCAGUCCGUUUUCCCCCCUUCAAGAUACCCUCCCCUCCCUGUCUCUCCCCCUCCGUCCACCACUCCACCAGCACCGUCUUCUCCGACAUCAGCCGCGCACAGCUCGUCGAAAAACCCGCUCCCGCCCCUCCACCCCCUCAGCCCCCCCAAGACCUUCCGCCAGACGGAGGUACGAUCGCCUGGCUGACUCUCGCUGGAGCAUGGAUGGUUCAGUUCUGCACCUUUGGGUACCUCAAUGCCUUCGGCGUGUACCAGGACUUCUACACCCGAGAGUUCCUCUCCCACCAUUCCCCUUCUAGCAUCAGCUGGAUAGGCAGCCUCCAGCUCUUCCUCAUGUAUGCCCUUGCAGUCUUCGUCGGCUACGCGUUCGACACUGGCUACUUUCACCACGUUCAAAUCUUCGGCUCCCUCCUCCACGUCUUUUCUGUCUUCAUGCUCUCCCUCGCCAAGCCCCAGCAGUACUAUCAGGUCUUCCUCUCCCAGGCCGUAGGCACUGGCCUCGGAGUCGGCUUGCUCUUCCUCCCUUCCCUCAGCAUCCUCUCCCACCACUUUCGCAAGCGCCGCGCCCUCGCCACCGGCAUCGUCCUCACAGGCGCAUCCGUCGGCGGCAUCGUCUUUCCCAUCCUCCUCAACCACUUGCUCACCCUACCCUCCCUCGGUUUCGCAAACGCCGUUCGCAUCGCCGGCGCGCUAAUUGUCUUUCUGCUCGCCCUUGCCAACGCCCUCAUGCGCACUCGCCUGCCGCCCAAGCACAGGCCGCUCAGCGCGCUCUUCAGCCCAGACGCUGCCAGACGAAUUGCCCGCGAUGGCGCAUACAUGUGGUCUAUUGCAGGCGCGUUUUGCACCAAUCUCGGCCUCUUCGUUCCCUUCUUCUACCUCCAGCUGUUCUCCGCCGAUCACGCCGUGAACGCUACGGUGACAACCUACAUUCUCGCGAUCCUGAACGCCGGCAGCACGCUUGGCCGCACGCUCCCCGUCGCCCUCGCUGACGCCUUCGGAGUCUACACCAUGCUCCUCCCUGCGAUCCUCACCUCUGCCGCACUCGUGUUCGCCCUCUUCGGUGCGACGGCCACGCCCGGCGUCAUCGCCGUCGCCGUCCUCUUCGGCUUCUCGUCUGGCGCAUACGUUUCCCUGAUCCCACACUUACUUCAAACGCUCUGCACCGACCUGAGCGAGCUCGGCGUGCGUAUGGGCCUCGCGUUUUCGCUCGUCGGGCUCUCUAUGCUCGUCGGCACCCCCAUCUUCGGCGCGCUGCUCGAUGCGGACGGCGGACGCUCUCUGGUCUGGUGGACUGCGCUCGUCUUCGCCGGCGUCUGCAUCGUCGCUGGCUUCACGUUCAUGACCAUCUCGCGCUCGCUCUUCGUCCGUCGCAACCGUCGAGCCUCAGAUCAAUCGCCGCCUCCGGCGGCCGCAUCCGCAUGA